AUGGCUACGAGAUGUCGAUCAGGACGCUUCCGAGGCUUCCGAGCUGGAGCGCUUUUGGCAAUUGUCGCUCUGUCAAGCAGAACGCUUGCCGACUGCUUCUCGCGAAUAGCAAGUGCUCGUCCCGAGGGAUCUACUGAGACGGAUGCUGAUGAGGCCCUUGCACCUGCUGCAGCCGCCUGGCUUCGAGCAGCCCGCCGAACAGCCGAAGGCCGAAAGGACAGCGCAGCCUACUGGGAGGUCGCUUGGGAAACGACCGAGGCCUGGUGGCUUCGUCCAAUCGCCUUCACGGUAUCUGCCUUAGUGACCAUGGGAGCCAUCCUCCAGCAACAGCCCGGCCGGCUCUGGCGGAGCUUGCAGCCGAAGCCCGUGGACAAGAGCAGCGAAGCUCUGGAGCAAGCGCUGCAGCAGGCGCGCGCAGACAGCACCGAGGUGAAGGUACGCAAGACCCUGCGCGGCUUGCAGCGGAUGGAGCUGCCGUUCUUUGGAACAUCCUCAUCUUGGUCAAACGUCAUGGGUGGCGUGGUGGUGUCUGGAAACCCACGGGAAGGAGCCAUCGAGAACUGGCCGGUCUCCGAGGCAGUGCUGCGCCAGAGCGUGGAGAGCGAGCUGGGCUACCCGGUGCUGCUGCACCUGCUGCGCACAGAGGAGAAGGAGGGAGAAUUGUCCCGGCCCUAUGAGCUCCUGGUGCGGGACGCCGACGAAACACCGGGGGUCCUAGACAUGAUGAUGCCUCUCAUCUCCUUUGCCAUCGUCUGGUGGUGUAGCACCCAGCUUGACAGCAACUCUUCGUUGCAGCAGUUGGGAGCCGUGAUCCAGCCUGGAUCCUCACCACCCUGGGUGAUGGUACUGGUGUUGCUUCUGGUUGGAGAGCUGGCGCGCACUGUCGUCGCAAGCCAGAACGGCACCAGCGUAGGCCCAAGGACUUUCCUCCCCUCCCCACAGUUUGGCCUCAUCGGGGUGUUUGCACAAGCGACAACCGCCAGUCCCAAUCGCUCCGCCGCAUUGGCCACCUCCCUCGCUGCGCCUGUGGCAGUUGCCGUGGCGUCUCUGCUGCUAGCUCUCGGGGCAGAUCUCACCUCCGACAUGGUUGACCUGAAGACCAGCAGCCUGGUGGGAUGUGGUCCGCUGGCCUUCCUUCCCGAGGAGACCAGUGCGGCAAGGUUUGCAGCAAUGCAGGGCCUGCUCAUGUCUGCCCUCGCGCUCUUGCCGCAGAGUCCAGACGGCCGUACCGCCUGGUCCGUGCUGGUGGGUCGAGCGAAAGCGAAGCAGCUGGCGGACACUGCCAGCUAUGUCUACCCCCUCCUGGGCGUCCUCUCGAUGUGGUGCUUUGGGAGUGGCUUCUUGUCGCUGCCCUUCACGUGGGCCCUGCUGCUGACGAAUAUCAGCCCCGGGAUGUCCCCGCCGCCCUUCGAGGAGGCAUCGGAGCCCCCCGAGCCCGAGAGCCGUGUCGCGUUGGCACUGCUGGUGCUCGCUGCUGUGGCCGCAGCACCGCUGCCAUGGGCGCAGCUGAUGGGGGCUUGA